GCGCAGAGCAGGCUGCGCUGGGGCGACUGGGAGAGCUGUGCGGCGUGCGCGAGCACGAGGUGUAGUGGCCUCCCCCUAGGCUGAGGCGGCGGCGGGCGCGCGCGGCGGCGGGUGCGAGGCGCGGGCUGUUGUGCUCCCGGCUCUCCCCUUUCCCCUUCUUGGCGGUGGAGGAGGCCGAAGCGGUACUGGGCGCGCUGCGCUCCCCUUCCUCUCCCUCCGGCCACCUCCCCCGGCCCUCCCGCGCUGCGCGGUUUCUCCGACGCAAGACUGUCCCGGCCCGGAUAUGGCUCGUGGACAGCAGAAGAUUCAGUCUCAGCAGAAAAAUGCCAAAAAGCAAGCUGGACAAAAGAAGAAACAAGGACAUGACCAAAAGGCUGCUGCCAAAGCUGCCUUAAUAUAUACCUGCACUGUCUGUAGGACACAAAUGCCAGACCCUAAGACCUUCAAGCAGCACUUUGAGAGCAAGCAUCCUAAGACUCCACUUCCUCCAGAAUUAGCUGAUGUUCAGGCAUAAAGUUGUUUACAGGUGAAUUCGUGACACCUUUGACUCUUCUGUCUCAGACCUUAGGUAACAAACCUGCAGCUGCUUUUCUAACAAACUGUUGAUCAGCAAAAAUAAAGGGGCUACAGAAACAUUCAUUUUUAUGCUGUUCCCUUUUGGGCUUCAUGCAAAGACAAUUCUGUGUAAAUGUACAGUUGACUCUGAUUUGGAAAUCUGAAAAUCAGUCCAUCCUUGUUAUAAAAAAUUUUUUUACAAUUGUAAUUAUAUUGAUGUUCAUAUUGUAUAAAAUAACUCAUUUAAUAAAGUAGUACUUUGAUUUUACAGCAUCACAGGAUAAAUGGUUCUAGAAAUUCUGUUCUAACUUUCUACAUUAUUUGCCUUAUAAAAAUCUAAUGAGUUCAUCAGCUAGAAUUGCAAGUGCAAUUCUUAUCUCCCUUUCUAAGUUCAGGGGCAUGUUCAUAGUUUAACUAGAGCAGACUCAUUCAUUAAAUUUGUGCACACGAUUUUAUUGGCAGCUGCUGACCUAGGUGAAGAAUGACUUACCUGCUGCCUUAGUAUAUUGCAGUCAUGUGUCAUUUUCCCCUCUGAUUGUUUCUUGUGAUUGAGGUUGGAAUAUUUAAACUUGCUGUGUGACCUGGCUAUACCUGCCAGCCAGGUCUAGCUUGUAGAUAACUGAUAAAUUCCUUAAAGUGGUUGGAUUGUCAGUCAGCCCGUCUGAAAAAUUAGGUUCUGAAGUAUAUGCCACAAUGAAGUAAUCAGCCUACUGUUCAAUACAAAAUAUGAUGGAACAUAUGUGAACUGGUAAAGAUCUAUCUUUUAUAAAUUAUACUUGAUUCUUUGAAAAUUGUUCAAGUUCUUUCAUUUGAAAUUGAAACUCAUAAUUUUCAAAGGAGUUUUUGGAAGUUAAUAACAAUUUGGCCAAAUUAUGAAUGGAUUUUGCAUUAACAGAAAGAUUGGAAUGGCUUGUGACUGGGUUAAUUCCCAGAACCUUCUCCUUCCUUUCCUUUUUAAGUGAGUAGUUGAUUUUUACUUUGUUCUGGUUCCUAAAAUCAAAGGCUGUGUACGGUAUGACUUCCGUCUGAACUAGAAAAAUAUUAAAAUAGGCCAAUAUCCACAUUUUUUUGGCUCUAAGGAUGGGGAAGUGGGUUGGUUCCGAUGAAUGAGGUAAAUCCUACCCAGUUAAAACAGACUAAUUUGGGUUUCUUCUAAUUUGCUUUUGCCAACUCUUAAUACCAGUGAAACCGCUGUAACUCAGUUUAAAUUUUAAAGUUGAUAGAAUGGAAGAACACUCAAAUAUUUACUGGUAAUUGCUUAGAGCCGCACAUCUGAUCCUGUGGACUACAGAAUGCCUUCCCUCUGUCUGCUGUAACUCAGCACUGCAUUUGUUUUGUAGCUGUACAUAUUCUGCCCACAUUGUUUGUCUUCACUGUAAGUUUAAAGUAAGAUAUUUCCAAGGAAAAGCUUCAGUGGUGAUAGUUUCUUAGUGACUCCUAUUAUACUCUUACUUUAAAAUAGUCAUUUUUUUAUGUAUUUGAUUUCCUCAGUUUCAGAUUUAUUAUUUGUUAAUUCCCAAUAUGUUGGUCACCAGAACAUUAGAGUUGGCCUAAUUGCUUAUAGUGGUUAUUAACAGAAGUUC